ACACAUAUCAAUUAUUCACUUACUAUCCCUUUACUAAGACUGAACAUAAAUAAAUCUUCAUCCAAGAUGAAUUUCGCUAAAUACUUUAUAGUAAUUGUUGCUAUUGUCCUUGUUGUCUUCACAGGAAAAUCGGAAGCUGAUUUUUGGAAAAAACUUGGCAAGAGUAUUGAAGGAGCUGGCCAACGAACACGAGAUGCAACAUUCCAAGGACUUCAAUUGGCACAAGCCGCAGCUAAUGUAGCUGCAACAGCCAAACAAGGAUAAUGUAUUUUUAGGUUUCAAUUAUUUUCGUAAUGUCAUUUUUAUCUUUGCCUCGAUCAAUUAUGUUUUAUUCUAUUUUGAAAAAGUUACUUCUAAUUUUGUAUUAAAUGUAAAACAAUUUUGCCACCUAAA